AUGGGAAAAUGCUUAAGCUGCUGCAACAUGGACCAGAACUUCCACCUAUAUAGUUCUGAAGAGCAAGCUGCCACAGAUCUUCAGUACCAUCGAGCCUCUAGUGUUUCUCAACCAAAUAUGCCUCCUGGCCAUUUAACAUAUUGUCCUGAAACACACAGAGUCACUUCUUCUAAAAGAAGUUCGAGUUUGUAUUCUAAUCCAAAUAUGUCUGCUUUCCUGUGUUUAUCUAAAAAAAGACGUUUUUUGGCCUCUAAAUUCAGGAAAUCCAGUCCUUCACCUUCUAAACAACAAAGCAGAGCUAACUUUGAUUAUCAAGUACAAUUAGACUUCAACGAUGUAAACUCUCCUGCAAACAUUUAUGGAACUAGAGCCCCAAGAUUUUUCUCAGCCCCGAGACUAAGUAUAAUUUCCUGUCACCAGAACACUUUUUUUGAUGCUCAACCAACUAAUCAGAAGUUUUUGUCUGUAAAUGAAAUUGGGAUAUUUACUAAACACCCAAGAAUUGCUGAUUCUACAAAAUACGCAAAAUUCUCUGCUGCUGAAUAUAAAAGUAAAGGUCUUAUGGAUCCUGAAAUAAGAGACACUUCUUCAAUCUACGAAAAUAUUGAUAGAGACACUUAUUACCAAAACACAGCAACCCUCAUUUCUUAUCCAGUUGAUUUUUCUUCUGCUUUUCCUCAAAAUAGCCUUGCCAGUGAUACUGAACAGAGUGACCAACUAAGUAAAGAGCCAGCAGACUUCCAUUACCCUCGGAGUCACCGUCCCAGUCAAUCUUCUGCUGUGGUUGUUGGAUUUUCUUCAGUUUAUAAAAGUGCUUGUUGGUUUACCCCAUGUCAAAGUGAAAUUACCUUAAACUCCUUUGAAGAUGGAGACAUUGCUGGUUCACCUCAGGAUGAAGACAGAUCUUCAGCUAUUGAAAUGUCUAAAACAAGGUAUAUUACAGCUAAUACUGACACAGAAGAACAAAAUUUUCCAGUCCCUAAGGCAUUCAACACACACGUAGAGAAAUUAAACUUAGAAGCCCUUCUUCAGAAAGCAGAUAAUUUACGGAUGAGUGAGUCCAGCAAGAUGGAGAGUUUUGAAUUACUUUGUGACCAUAAAGAAAAGUUUAAAGAUGAAAUAGAGUUUAUUUGGCGGUUAGCUCGCGCUUAUGGGGAUAUGUAUGAGUUAUCUACAAAUGCACAAGAAAGAAAACAUUAUGCUAAUAUUGGAAAAACUUUCGGUGAAAGAGCUAUUACUAAAGGACCCAUGAAUGGCUAUUGUCAUCUGUGGUUCGCAGUUUUGUGUGGCUAUGUGUCUGAGUUUGAGGGCUUACAGAACAAAAUCAACUAUGGGCAUCGCUUCAAGGAACAUCUAGAUAAAGCAAUCCAGUUUUUACCUCAAGAACCCUUUUUGUUUUACCUCAAGGGAAGAUACUGUUAUACUGUCUCAAAACUGAGCUGGAUUGAGAAAAAAAUGGCUGCUACUCUGUUUGGAAAAAUCCCAUCCUCAACUACGAGAGAAGCUUUGGACAACUUCCUUAAGACUGAAGAACUACACCCUGGUUACUCCAAGUCCAAUUACAUGUAUUUGGCAAAGUGUUAUAUAGAUCUUGACCAAAAAGAAGAAGCUUUGAAGGUCUGUAAUUUGGCAUUGCCACUUUCUUCUGUUACCAAAGAGAAACAUAGAGAUCAGAAAUUUGGCAGGAAAUUGGAUACUGAAAUCCCAGUAGGGGUGAAGGAGAGGGAAAGUACAGAAUAUUCUCAGAUGGAAUAUCAAACAGUAAAAGCCACAUAUUAA